AUGGACCUCCUGGAGGCCAGUGAAACCAACAAAUUCGAGCGACGAGGCGACGUCAGUUUGCUGCUGCUGGAGCUCGUGUCCCUGGAGCCUUUGAUCCUGAGCUGUGACAAGAGGAGUCAGAGACCUGCUGCGGCAGGCCUGCGGGCGGUGGCGACAGACCUGGUGGUCUCGGCCGUGCGCCAGGUCCGGGCCCUGCGAGUCACACGCGUGACCGCGGCUGCACCGCACGCCCCCACUGGGGGGACCGCUGGGGGCCGCUUCCCCGCGCGGGUCCCUCCGGUGGCUGCUCCGGCUGGGGGAAACCCCAUGCCACACCGGGAGAGAUCUCCCUUGAGGAGGUCACCAAAACCUGUUGAGGAGAAGAAGGGUGCCGCCCCGCAGCCUCUCGAGAAGGACGAGGAGAAGGAGCAGGACUCAUCUGAGUCCGACGAGGAAGAGGAGGAAUCGGAGGCGGCCUCGGACAAGACCAUCCUGGUUGACCCCUUGCUGCCACCUGCGACUGUGGCCCCAGGUACUUCGGGAAAGGCGAAACCUCCAGCUCCCCCUAAAGGAGUGGCAGAGAGGAUCAAGACUGAGGAGAAGGCAGAUUACGGAGAGGAAGAACAGGCUGGUGGGAGCACCGUGCCUGAAGAGUCUGGACGGCGUCGUCGACAUCGACAUCGACCCAGUCAGCCAUCAAGGCCAGAGCGGAAGGACGACAAGUCCUACAGGAAGCGCAAGCACAGGAAUCCAAAACACAGAGCGGGGCGCAAACACAAGCGUCUUUACAGGGCCGAGCGUGACCCUUACCUCAAGAUUCACCGGAAGUUGGACGAGAGCGAGGCGGAGGUGGAGCUGGUAGGUGCUGGAGGCGCCUAUGGGCUGUUCGAUGUGAACGAGCCCGCCAGAUGGUCCACUAUGGAGAUAAAGUUGGGAGACAUUAUAACUACAGCAGUUCCGGGCGAGCUGUUGGGAGCAGACGGGGUGGAAGGUAUCUUCCUGGUCACAGGUAUAGAGUUGGGUGCCGAUGGAAGUGCCCUGGUCAGGGUAAAGUCGGUAGGAAGCUCACAUCCGGAAGCACUGGCGAUCCUUUCUUCCUUUUUCAACCGGAAGGAAGGACACCUUCACGUGUGCGCAAGUGCAGGUUUUUGCGAGGAAGAGGGCGGUGUUUUCCAUGUUCAUCGGUUGGAGCUGUGGGAUGGACUCACAUUUCCGACGCACCGCCUGUCGCCCGCAGGGAAGCGCAUUGUGAAACAGUUCGAGGCUGGAGAAGAGCUAGACGAGGUGAGAGAGCCCUUGGAAGGUGCCGCUGGCAGACCCUCUGCUUUGAGGAAGAAGCCGAGCGGGGAACCCAAGGAGGCUCAACUACGAGGAAAAGGUCAGGGAGAUCGUCGAGACCGCCCCAAGGACACCAGGAAGUCGGCAAAGGCGAAACAACCUGGUCCCGCUGGCUCGGCUGCCGGGACGCUCAGGGCCAGGUUGGACCAGGUCAGGAAGCGUCAACAAAGCUUGGGACUUGGACAAGGAGCUCUGACAGGUGGAGACCACUUGGGUGUAGAGGGGGAUGGAGAUGUCGACCCUGUUCAGGAAGGUUUGGGCACAUCUACGAAGUUGGGACCCCCGAAGGGAGCGGCUGGCCCUCGCCGUGCUGCCCUGACCAGUGGAGAAG